AUGUCCGCCCUUCACAGUCACAUCGCAGCCCUCUCCCACCACCCUUCUAACUGGUUCGCCUGCACCGACUUCAAGCUGGAGCGCUGUGAUUGGCCGCCGGACCCCAGGAUAGCACGCGAGUGCAAUGUGCACGCGCUCUCAGUGCGGAUAGUCAAGGAACUGGUAACCCUAUGCCCCGUGGACCUCUCACUGACAGGAGACCACAUGUCUGCAGCGGCGUUCCACAAACUCAUGGUGCAAGGGACAGUGGAGAAUGGAGGAAUGGAGAAAGGGAAAGUGGAGAAUGGAGGAAUGGAGAAAGGGACAGUGGAGAAUGGAGGAAUGGAGAAAGGGACAGUGGAGAAUGGAGGAAUGGAGAAAGGGAAAGUGGAGAAUGGUGAAAUGGUGAACGGGGGAGUGGAGGGAGAGGAGGAAUUAAGAAGAGAAUGUGAGGGGGAGCAGGAUGAUGGGCGUGUGCCACGUGGCAUGGUGGUAUUGGACACUAGGAACGUCUACGAGACGCGCAUCGGACGAUUCGUGCCGCCCAAAGGUGCUGCCAGUCUCUUCCUUGCUGUGCCGCCCAUCUACUCUUAA